UUCCCGUAUUUUCCACAGGACUAUUUUACAAAUGAAAAUAGGGAGUUGAUAAAGGAUGUUCAGCAAGAUUAUCACCUAGAAUACGCCAUGGAAAACAGCACGCACACAGUGAUCGAAUUUACCAGAAAACUGCAUACGUGCGACAUAAAUGACAAGACCAUAACGGAGAGCACUGUGAAGGUGAUCUGGGCCUAUCACCACGAAGAUGUGGGAGCAGAUGGUCCCAAGUACCACAGCUCCAAUCGUGGCACCAAGAGUCUGAGGCUGUUGAAUCCUGAGAAAACCAAUGUGUCUGUAGCUGUACCGUACUUUAACCUGGUAAAUCAGAACGUCCCCAUCCCAAAUAAAGGUACAACAUAUUGGUGCCAGAUGUUUAAGAUUCCUGUGUUCCAGGAAAAGCAUCAUGUAAUAAAGGUGGAGCCCGUGAUACAGAGAGGCCACGAGAGCCUGGUCCACCACGUCCUGCUCUACCAGUGCAGCAGCGGCCUGAACGCCAGCGUCCUGGGCUCCGGCCACGAGUGCUACCACCCCAACAUGCCCGACGCCUUCCACACCUGCGAGACCGUCAUCUUCGCCUGGGCCAUCGGCGGAGAGGGUUUUUCCUAUCCACCUCAUGUUGGAUUAUCCCUCGGCACUCCGUUAGAUCCUGUUUAUGUGCUCCUGGAAGUUCACUAUGACAAUCCGACAUAUAAGGACGGCUUAAUAGAUAAUUCUGGACUGAGGCUAUUUCACACAACAGAUAUAAGGAAAUACGAUGCCGGGGUGAUCGAGGCUGGCCUCUGGGUGAGCCUCUUCCACACCAUCCCCCCCGGCAUGCCCGAGUUCCAGUCCGAGGGCCACUGCACCCGCGAGUGCCUGCAAGAGGCGCUGGAGGCCGAGAGGCCGAGCGGGAUCCACGUGUUCGCCGCCCUCCUGCAUGCGCACCUGGCGGGCAGGAGCAUCCGCCUGCGGCAUUUCCGCAGAGGGGAGGAAAUGAGAUUACUUGCUUACGAUGACAACUUCGACUUCAAUUUCCAGGAGUUUCAGUAUCUGAAGGAAGAACGAACAAUCUUACCAGGAGAUAAUCUAAUUACCGAGUGUCGCUACAACACAAAAGAUAGAGCCCUGAUGACUUGGGGAGGGCUGAGCACCAGGAGUGAAAUGUGUCUCUCGUACCUUCUUUAUUACCCAAGAAUCAACCUGGCCCGGUGCGCGAGCAUCCCGGACAUUAUGGAGCAGCUGCAGUUCAUCGGCGUCAAGGAGAUCUACAGGCCAGUCACGACCUGGCCUUUCAUUAUCAAAAGCCCCAAACAAUAUAAAAAUCUUUCCUUCAUGGAUGCGAUGAAUAAGUUUAAAUGGACUAAAAAGGAAGGUCUGUCCUUCAACAAGCUCGUCCUUAGCCUGCAGGUGAAUGUGAGAUGCUCCAAGAUGGACAAUGCAGAGUGGUCGAUCCAAGGGAUGACAACCUUACCCCCAGUUAUAAAGAGACCGUACAAAGCAGAGCCCUCGGUGUGCACCUCGGCUUCGCCCCCUCUGCCCAGAAGCCUCCCCCUCAAGCUGCUCCUGUGCUUCCCUGCGCUGGGCGGCCUGCUGAGCGGCUUCCACUCCUGGUCCUAAUUCUGUUGUCCUCGGGCGAUGAUUUCUGCCACGCGAAUCCGCCGUUUACCGUGAAAGUUACAGACACUUUGGGCAUGGGGGUGAGUGUGAAGAUCAUGGAGACCGACCCUUGCUGUGCCCCUUCCUCCCGCUCUGCCAGGCCACCUGGGGGAGGCCCCGGGCUCUCUUCCUCAGAAAUGUCUGGGAAAAUGUAUCCAUUACCAAUAAAGCAAAGCUGGCCUGACGUAAUAUAACCUUUGUCAAAAUCUGGACAAGGUCAAGUGGAAGUAAAAGAAUUCUUUCUUUC